AUGAAGCCGCAGGUUGUGCGGCCGGAUGUUCCCCAGGCGAGUGUGCACAGUAUAAAACGGAUUUCCGACGGGAUUGGCCAGUUGAUUGCGAAUGCCAGUGCGGAUUUGGGGCCGCAGAAUACGAUUUUGGAGCUGGAGUCGGAGAAGGCGGAGCUGGUGAGGACGUUGAACGCGCAAAAGCUGGAGAAUAACGAGUUGAGGUUGCGGUUGAGGAACAACCAGUCGACGAUGGAGGAGCUGCGGAAUGAGAUCGAUAAGCUUAGGGUGGAGAACAGCACGAAGGUGACAAGCGAGCUGGGUCCGAUUCAGGAGCAGCUGCAGAUGCAAACGCAGGCCGUUGGUGUGAUGGUGGGGAAGAAGGCUGAGUUGAUGGGGACGGUUGGCAACUUUUGUUUGCAGCGCAUCGGAAGGAGUUUUCCUGCUCCUGAUGAGAUCGGUGGCAAAAAAGAAAAUAGCUCCAGCUGGUAUGCGAGCGGAACUAAACAGGAAUAG